ACGCCGACUGCGAUCUUCAGUCUUGGUCUUGCACUCGAGUUAACAACAAACAAAAACAAAAUGAACAAGCUUUUCUUUGUCGCCGUCGCCCUCUUCGCCAUCCAAGGAUGUUUGGCUAAGCCAAAGGGCGCCGCUCCCCAGAAGGAUCAAUUGGAAGAGUUGGCCCAGAACGCCCAGAACUUGGCCAACAAGAUUGGUGAGCAAUUGGGAAUUGCUGACUUGGACACCAAGAAGAUUGGCGCUUCCCUCAACGAGGGAACCAACAAACUCCUCGAGAACUUGCAAAGCUUCCUCGAUAAAGUCAAGGACGAAUCCAAAGCCCAUGAGGGAGAAGUCAGCACUGCCGUGAAGACCGUCCAAGAGAAAUUGGCCACCGUCGCCGCUGAUUUGCAGAAGGCCGCCGGACCUGACGCCACCAAGAAGGCCGAAGAGAUCAAGACUGAAUUCAACAAGGCUUACAAGACCGCCGCCGAUCAAGUCCAGCAGCUCGUCAAAUCCUACGAACCACAAGUUCAAGGAGCCCAAGAGAACUUCCAGAAGUUCUCAAAGACCUUCUUGGAUAACAUCGUAGAGAUCGGCCAGAACGUCGAGAAGCAAGUCAAGACCGCCGUCGAAGAGCACGAGAAGACCCACAAACAUUAAAGAGGAAUCAUCUCGUCUAUCAUUAACUUCAACAACAACAAAAAAAAAUUUUUUUCUUUCUAA